AUGGUCCGAGCCCACUCCGAAAAAGCCCCGGUGGAGACCUCCCUGCUGCUGAGGGUGGAGCUUCCUGCAGUUGGCUUCGACUUUCUGCAGAAGUUUUCGGUGAAGCCCGGAGCUGUCUUUUCGCGGGUGCAGACGGCCAUCGUGGACACUUUCGACGAGCUUGCCGUCAGACUGGAGGGCGACCUGCUCGAUGCUGGCCCUUGCAACAACGACCUGUACCAGGUGGCGAAGCUACGUUGCGAGCAGCACCUUCAGGACUGGCAGGCGAAGCUCUCACAGGCCACCACAGCAAACCUGCGCGCCCAACGGGCGAGGAGUGAGCUGGCGAGGAUGAGGGAGGCUUACUAUCGAGAGGUAGCUGGCCUGCGCCAGCAGCUGGUCCGUAAGCAGCAGGCCGAGGAGAGAGGAGAUGAGUUCGUCCCCGACAUUAUUUCACACUUCUCCGUCAGCGAGCGUCCGAGCGAGGCAGAGGUGGAUGAGCUGCUUGAGGAGCAGAAGAAGCGAUUGGAGGAGCAGCACCUGGUCCAGCUCGAGAGACUUACGAAGGAGAACCAGCAGCUACUCUACAAGCUCAAGACCAAAGCCAUGCAGGCCAACCUUCAGGGCGAUCUGCUGGCGAAAAGAAUGGAGGCUCCAGAGCAACUGGACGCGGCUACACAGACAGUGGUGGAGAAGCGGGAGAGCAAGGCAACCGAGACCGUUUGUGUAAGCACGUCCACUGCCGAAGUCCAAACCCUGGACGAU